AUGGGUUUGGGGCAUCUGGGGUUGCGGUGGUGGUUUGUCUGGGGGUGUGGAGCACCUACAGACUCUGAUCGGGAAGUGGAUGGAUGGGAUCUAGGGGGCGUGGCCGUAAGAACCCGACCAGAGGGGCCCUCCUCGUGUGGUGUCUCGGGCGUCCGUCUCAGCGGGCCAAAAAUCUCCAUCAGCACUCCAUCCAUCCAGCAACUGCGUGGCCGUCCCACGAUGUCCAGCAUUUCCGGGGAACUUGGGUCGUGGGGUUUUGCGGGCCCCCGGCGGUGCGGUCGCGCGCAAGGGGGACGAGGAGGGGGCUACGAGACAAACCGAGGAGCUGGAUGGGUUCGGGGCUGGGCCAUGGCGAGACAAGACAGAGACAAACCCGGAGCCUGGUUCUUGCUUGACCCGUCGUUGAUUCACAUGACCUUGACCGCGGCUGAUUCGAGACACGGCACUGGCGCUGGAGAUCUGGCGCUGAGCAAGCCAUGGCGAUCGGGUGCCCAGGGGGUGGUGCUAGCACAUCCAUCAACCAUCAGAUCAGGAUCAGACUUGCAGAGUAACAACAAGCAGCAGUUAAUUAAUUACAACUCUACUACUAGUACUGUACUGCUGCACAGCACCGGCGACCAUCUACAUAGAACACGCACACAACACAGCUCCGUGCUCCAUUCGUCCCUCCACAGCACAUCAUUACACGCUCCUGUCCACUCACAGCCACGCUCCCACACGCCCUGUGGCUCUCGUGCCGUCUAUGCGCGGGGAAACCUCCCUGGGGAUUGA